AUGGGGGGGGGGACAAAUACACAAGGUAAACAUGGUAAAGAUCCUCGAGUUUGGAACAAAGAAGAGUAUCAACGACUGAAGCUUGAUUCUUUCUUUAUCUUCGUCGAUAACUUGCCGGAGGAUAUCUCAAAAAAGGAACUUUUUAAUACAUUCAAAUGGACAGGUAGAAUCAUCGACAUAUACCUGUCGCGAAAGAAUAAAAAUGGGCACAUAUAUCUAUUUUCUUUUGUACGAUACACUACAAAGGGAGGAGCAUUGAAGGCUAUUGCAGAGAUGAAGGGUAUGGUGGUGAGAGGUAAAAGAUUGUUCGUCGGUGAAGCCAAAUAUAGAAGAGAAGCUGGGAUGCAGAUUAUGAAAGAUAAAGGAGUGAAGGUGGUCACCAGGCAUAACACUGGAGGAAGCCAGCCACAAACAAAGAGUGGGGAAGUAGCUGCAGAGAAAGUGGCGAGGCAGCCGUCAAAGACACCAGCCAAAGAUCAACAUAGUAAUGGAUGGAUUAAGAGAUUAGAAGUACCGAUAGCAAGUGAGAACGUCGUCUGGUUACAGAGAAGCAUUGUCGGAGGUACAAAAUCGGCAAUUGAUCUUAAGACACUGGAGUGA